AUGGCUUCCAUGAAUCUAGACGAAAAGGCAAAUUUUACAAGGCUUAGUAGACUUUUAGUGGACAAAGGAACUGAAGCUUUGAGAAAUACUUUGGAUUCUCUACAUCCUUCUGCUAAUUUACCUGCAGUUCUUAAUGCGAACAGAACGGCGCUUCUAAAAUUGAAGCCUCGAGUUAUCAAUGAUACACAGUGGGAUUUACUGUUCCCGCCGUCUGGCAACCCACCAAACUCGAAAACCUUUGAUGUCACGUUACUUACCGUUUUCUUGCGGAACAUCUGUGGUUUACCGCCUCCUGCAACAGGCUGGAAUACGAUGCCUCCGGAAACAGAUAGAUCUCCACAAGCAAAUGUUACAAGAAUCAAGUUACUCAGGAAUCAAAUUUAUGCCCACGUAUCCUCAACCGAAGUUGACAAAGCAGCAUUUGAGAAUUUGUGGCAAAAAGUCACUGAGGCAUUAGUACUUGAAAAUUCUACAAAAGGAAAUUGAUGAUUUGAAGACUUGUCCUUUGGGUCCGGAAGAAGAAAAUUAUGUGCAGAAUUUAAAGGAGUGGGUUUUAAAAGAAGACGAUUGUAAGAAUAUACUGGAUGAUUUGAAGACAAAUGUUAGAUUAAUCCAACAACAACUCAUCCAGUCAGACUCACAGCGCCAAAAUGACAUGCAGCAGUUGACUACAAAUGUAACCGAGGAAAUCCGCCAGGGGAUACAGCAACUUUGCCCUUCAAAUUCGAUGGAAAGUAAAGUCGAAAGUCAAAUAUUUGAUUCUAAGGAGAGUAAAGUCGGUCAAGAACACACCAGCAACGUGGAAGAACAGCUACUACAAAAACUUGCAAAGCAUAAUUUCAAGAGCAAAAUACGAAGUAAAGUUAGGUUAUUUUACCCGGGCACAAGAGAAUGGUUAUUAAGGAAGCUUGAUAAUUGGUUUAUAACAGACGAAAAAUCGAGAUUAUUGCUCGUAACUGCCGGACCCGGGUUUGGCAAGAGCGUGUUUGCAGCAAAAGUUUGCGAACUCUUCAAUGGGAAAGGGAAAUUUGCAGCUUGCCAUUUUUGUGAUUUUAGCGAUUCAAAUCUAAAAGAUCCCAUGAUAAUGCUGCAAUCUCUCGCAAGUCACAUGAGUGAAAAUGUCCCUGGCUUUAAGGAAAAGCUUCUUGAUCAGUUAAACCGACCCCAUAAAGUCCGAAGCCUAAAGGACGCCUUUCAAAUAUAUUUGCAAAAUCCCCUUGAUGAAUUGGAUGUGGAACCCAGGUUGAUUGUGAUCGAUGGCUUGGAUGAGAGCGCAACCGAUGAUAAAAGCGACAUGGUGAAAUUGAUUGCAGAUUAUUUUCCAGAUCUCCCAAAGUGUGUGAAAGUCCUGGUGACUAGUAGGCCGGAACUUUCUCUACAAAUACUCGACCAUAUUCAAAUAAUUGAAAUUGAUCAACAGCAUUUGAACAAUGAAUGCGAUCUUCUAAAAUAUCUUGAAGAUUGCUUUCAAAGCCUUGCUCCCAAGGAUUUAGUUAAUUCCCAAAUGCAAGCUCAUUCAAUAUGUUGGGCAAUUGUAGAAAAGUGCGAGGGCUCGUUUCUGUACGCGUUUCACUUUCAGCAUGAGUUGCGUAAGCGGACGGAUCUCGAUACGAUAACAGUUGAAGAAAUGGUGGAUUUUCUUCCUGAAGGAAUGGGUUCUAUAUACAACGCAUACUUUCGUCGCCUUGAGAUCGAGCUUGAAGCCACAAUAAAUAAAAAGCCAGAUCUAUUUAAGGUCUUGGAACUGUUUGUAGCUGCCAACAAACCCCUUCCCCUUAAGUUUUUAGCUCGCGCUCUUGACUUAAACCCCGAUUGUCGUGAAAUGAAAAGAAUUAUUAACAAAGUCAACGAAGUCCUGUCGUGCUUGUUGUAUGUUUCGAAUGACGUGGUGACCGUUUUUCACAAAUCCAUAUAUGAUUGGCUACUGGCAAACGGCUACGAAGAUCACGAGUAUAGUGUCAAAAUCCAUGAUGGUAAAAAACGGCUAUGGCAAAUUUGCGAACAGAUUUUUGAAGAAAUAAAAAGAAAUGUUAUCUCAGGGUUCGUGAGGUCAACGAACGAAGUGAUACAUGCUCUGGAAUACGGACAUGAAUAUCUAUUGGCGUGCAGUAUAAAGAAUAAUUUUUACUGGCUGGUGGAUAUGAUAAUUGUUCAUGUCCUUUGCACUGUCCAUCCCAAAAGUAUUUCCCAUUUACAAAUCAAGUGGAAAAAGGUUCUUCAAAGUGAUGUAACAAUAAGCCUUCAGUUACGACAGCGAAUUUCAUGGCACUUUAUUGAAGUUUCCAAUAUGAAGAUAAAGGACCAGAUUGACCCAAGUUGUUCUUAUUUAAAAAGUGUCCUUAAUCAUUCCCCAGAAGGCUGUUUUACUGAUGACGAGAGGAAAAUUGCAGAAGAGAUUUUAGCAAAAUUUCACCGGUGCGUGAAGCAUGAUUUGGUUCAGAUGAAAUCUUUGAAGCCUCUCCUGGUCGCGUUUUUUCCAUCUUCCAUUAUAGCUGUUGGUGUGUCUUCCAUUAAGCAGUUAGCUGCUGUUGCAUUGAAGGAUGGAACAAUCUGUGUUUUAAGCUUACCAGAAUUGGUUAAAUUAUUCCAGUAUUCAACCGGAUACGAGCGCAUUUCUUGUUGCACGUUUUCUCCAGACGACACUUUCGUUUUAUAUGGGAAGCUAGGAACAGCACUUAGCAUAGUGGAGGAAAAGGAAAUACCAUUUUUUAAAGGAAAAGUAGAAAGGUUCAAAUCUUGUUCGUUUUCUCCCAAAGGUAGGAAAUUGGUAACCAACGAUGGUUCAAACACCGUAAAGUUAUGGGACGUUGCAAGACAAAGUUUGCUUUCAAUUCUUUGUGCAGGCGUUCCACUAAAGUGCUGUUCUUUCAGCAAAACAGGGCUCUUCAUUAUUGCGUAUACGAAAGAUGUAGAAGAUGUAGAAGAUUCGUACUGUGUUUGGAACGCCAUUACAUUCCAGAGAGUAGAUCUAAGAAGCCUAUCCAGUUACAGGUUGAAAAAAAAAGAUGGGUUCCAAAGUAGUGAAACAUGCAAGCGUUGUUUUAGUCAAGCACGUGAAGAAUUAAUUCCUUCGAAAGGGUUGGGAAGCUCAACUGGAAAGUACAAUGACGUUGACUGUAUUCUUUGUAUGGACGGGCAGACUUUACAUGUCAUGGAAAGUAUCCAUUUAACAACUCUCGCAAUAUGGGGGAUUUUUAUCGAACAUUUUAAAUGUUGUUUGUUCUUUGUUGGUAUUACAGCGAUUAAAGAUGACCUUUGGUUGUAUGGAGAUGAGUAUAAUUUGAUUAUUUAUAUCACAGUACCUCCGAAGGAAAAUCAGUCAUGUCUGUCACGUCCGACACUUGUUCUUUGGUGCUCUUUUUCUCCUGAUGGCACCCGCCUUGCCAGCUGCACAUCAGAUGGGUUCAUCGACUUAUGGUAUGUUGAUACCUCCCAAGUUUAUCAACAUUUUAGAAGCAAUAUUGGAACAUCAUCAGCUGCUUGUUGGUGGUCGGAGAAAUACCUGUUUGUUUGUCAUAUUAGAGACGGGAUUCCUAGCUUGUCAUUAUAUCCAGUUGAUGAACACUUUAAUAUCUUGAUCACUGAGAUGCUGCUAAUACCACUAUGUUCCCUUGUCAAUGAUUUUUUACCGUUUUCGGGAAUCCUGGAUUUUUCCGAAGGUUACAUCAGCUUUGGGUGCGGCGAAACGAAGCCUGUAAAAGUUAUCGACGUCAACAAAAUGGAUUACCCCAAAAUUGUCUUCUUGCCGGGAAUGGAGCCUAUGAUGAGUAUCGCAGUUUCUACCGGUGCUUCCCUUAUUUUGGGAAACGACGGUAGCAAUUUAACAAUUUGGAAACGAAAUGAAGCUGUUCCAGCUCUAUAUGAUAUCCCGACCGUCUACAGGUUUGAAAAUCCAUUUUUUUCAUUCAGUGGAUGUUGUUUCAGUGAGGAUUCAAAAUUUGUUGUUUCCUUUGUGCCCAAUCUAUUAACUAUGUCUUUUUUUGACGUGGAUACUGAUGUUUGCGUAACCAAGAUGAUUGGAGACGGUUGUGACAUUGAUGUUCGCGAAACCGAGGUGAUUGGGGAAGGUUUUUUCUCGAUGUUUGCUGACGCGACUGCAGAAGUAUUUUCUACUAACAAAGUCACGGUUCUCGUAACUUCGAACUUAAUAAAAAUUUUUGAUAUGAAGAGUCGAUCAUCCUUUCAUUGGCAUCUAACCGAUAAUUCAGUAAUUCACUCAAAACUGUCUCCAAAAGGAAAUAUCCUAGCG